AGAAACAAGCAGGGGUGGGAUAGGCAAGGGGGCAGAGGAAGGGGGAGCUUCGAGAGAGGGUUCCAAGGCAGAAGCCCACAUGGGCACAAUGCAAUCACAGCAGGCCCCAUGAGCCUGCAGAACCAGAAGCCCCAAGGGGAGGUCCUCUGUCUUGGCCUCACUGUCGGUGUCCGCCUCCUGCCUGAGCUUCUGGGAGCCCACGACGGAGCAGCCAAAGCCUGAGGAUCUGUGAGCAGCUCCAGGUCAGCCAGGGAACAAGGUGGUGAGCAGUGAGAACAGCACUAGCCCUCACUGGAUCAGCUGGAGGGCUUUAGGGUCUCUAGGAUGCGGGCUCCAGGUGCAGGUUCGGCUUCCGUGGCCUCUCUGGUGCUGUUAUGGUUGCUCGGACUGCCAUGGACCUGGAGCACGGCGGCGGCUCUCGGCGUGUACGUGGGCGGCGGCGGCUGGCGUUUCCUGCGCAUCGUCUGCAAAACCGCGAGGCGGGACCUCUUCGGCCUCUCCGUGCUGAUACGCGUGCGCCUGGAGCUGCGGCGGCACCAGCGCGCACGCCACACCAUCCCGCAGAUCUUCCAGGCGGUGGUUCAGCGGCAGCCCGAGCGCCUGGCGCUAGUGGACGCGGGCAGCGGUGUGUGCUGGACCUUCGCGCAGCUGGAUGCCUACUCCAACGCUGUGGCCAACUUGUUCCGCCGGCUGGGCUUCGCGCCGGGUGACGUGGUGGCCAUCUUCAUGGAGGGCCGGCCUGAGUUUGUGGGGCUUUGGCUGGGCCUGGCCAAGGCAGGUGUGGAGGCCGCGCUGCUCAACGUGAACCUGCGGCGGGAGCCCCUGGCUUUCUGCCUGGGCACCUCGGGCGCCAAAGCCCUGGUCUUCGGAGGGGAGCUGGCGGCGGCGGUGGCGGAGGUGAGCGGGCAGUUGGGCAAGAGCCUGGUCAAGUUCUGUUCUGGAGACGUGGGGCCUGAUGGCGUCUUACCGGACACCCAACUCCUGGACCCGCUGUUGAAGGAGACCUCCACAGCCCCCCUGGUGCAGCUCCCUGGCAAGGGCAUGGAUGAUCGACUCUUCUACAUCUACACGUCGGGGACCACGGGGCUGCCCAAGGCUGCCAUCAUCGUGCACAGCAGGUACUACCGCAUCGCGGCAUUUGGGCACUACUCCUACAGCAUGCAGGCAGCAGAUGUGCUCUACGACUGUCUGCCCCUGUACCACUCGGCAGGGAACAUCAUGGGCGUGGGUCAGUGUCUCAUCUAUGGGCUGACGGUGGUCCUGCGCAAGAAGUUUUCAGCCAGCCGCUUCUGGGAUGAUUGCGUCAAGUACAACUGCACGGUGGUCCAGUACAUCGGGGAGAUCUGCCGCUACCUGCUGAAGCAGCCGGUGCGCGAGGCGGAAGGACGGCAUCGUGUGCGCCUGGCAGUGGGCAACGGGCUGCGGCCGUCCAUCUGGGAGGAGUUCACGGAGCGCUUCGGCGUCCGCCAGAUCGGCGAGUUCUACGGGGCCACCGAGUGUAACUGCAGCAUAGCCAACAUGGACGGGAAGGUUGGUUCCUGUGGCUUCAACAGCCGCAUCCUGCCCCACGUGUACCCCAUCAGGCUGGUGAAGGUCAACGAGGACACCAUGGAACUCCUGCGGGAUGCCCAGGGCCUCUGCAUCCCGUGCCAGACCGGGGAGCCCGGCCUCCUCGUGGGUCAGAUCAACCAGCAGGACCCGCUGCGUCGCUUUGAUGGCUACAUCAGCGAGAGUGCCACGAACAAGAAGAUCGCCCACAGCGUCUUCCGCAAGGGUGACAGCGCCUACCUGUCAGGUGACGUGCUGGUGAUGGAUGAGCUGGGCUACAUGUACUUCCGGGACCGCAGCGGGGACACCUUCCGCUGGCGUGGGGAGAACGUCUCCACCACUGAGGUGGAAGGCGUGCUAAGCCGCCUGCUGGGCCAGACAGAUGUGGCUGUGUAUGGAGUGGCUGUGCCAGGAGUAGAGGGCAAAGCAGGCAUGGCGGCCAUCGCAGACCCCCUCGGCCAGCUGAGCCCGAACGCGCUGUACGAGGAGCUGCAGAAGGUGCUGGCGCCCUAUGCCCGGCCCCUCUUCCUGCGCCUCCUGCCCCAGGUGGACACUACAGGCACCUUCAAGAUUCAGAAGACCCGGCUGCAGCAUGAGGGCUUUGACCCACGCCAGACCUCGGACCGGCUCUUCUUCCUGGACCUGAAGCAAGGCCACUACCUGCCUCUGGAUCAGGGUGUCUACACCCGCAUCUGCUCAGGCGCCUUCGCCCUCUGACACUCCUGUGUUGGCCCAAGACUCCACACCAGGCCCAGCGAGCAAGGCGGGCUGGAGCCAGACGGACAGCCCUGGUCUGUCCUGGGGCAGAGAAGCCGGAUCGCAGGAGGAGCCCUUAUUUCCCGGCUUCCUCCUUCUCCUCUCCACCAGCUGGCUGCCCCCGCCUGUCUUCCACUCCUGUGUCUGUGUGUCUGUCUGUGCUCCCUGCUUCUGGGCCUCCCCGCUGUCCCUGACUGCCCUCCCCUCUUCCUCCAUCUCUCCUCUCCUGCCCACUUCCUGCCAAAAGUAGAACAGACGUUUCUGGGAGCUGCAGUCUGUGUGGGGGCCCACAGCUGUCCUGGGGGCCUCUGUGGGUCCUCCCUCGGAGGGUGGUAAACCCAGAGUGGGGCCGCUCCACCUCCCUCUCAGCUGUGCCUUAUUAACAAACCCCACCCAGCCCAGCCCUCCCUAGGCUGCUGGAUGCCAGGACAUUGUAGCCCUGUAGGAGUUCCAGGCAGCCCCUCUGCCUUCCUUGCUGAAUGAGGAGCUAGGGAUGGUCUGUCUGGACAACCUGGGUUCAAGGGAGCCUCAGCCCAGGGCCCUUCGGGUCAGCAGGGAAUCUGCCCAGCUGGGCCAAUUGCCUUUUGCACUUCCUGUCCCUGGUGGCUCUCGCUUCUCUUGCCUGCAUUUCCUGAUGCCCCAGAAACUUCUGGAACUGACUGUGACCACUUGGAUGUUGCUCCUGCCCAGUUGUCACCAUGGAGCUCCUGCUGGAGGGGACCUGAAGAUGGCCCUGUGUGGCUGCUUGGCCCACUGCUCAGAUGCUUACACUGGAGGAGGCCUCUUGGGGACCCCACCUGCCGUGGCUGCUGGCAGGACCCAGGGGGAUGGCAGCAGUGGAUUUGGGGGAGCUGCCAGGUCAGGGGUGGCCUCUGAGAUGCCCUCAGGGGUUCCUGCCCCAUUGACUGUUCCCCUGACCUUGCUAGUGACAACUUGGAACCUUGGUUGGUGACAUCCCAAGACCACCCCGCCAGGACAGCCCGGACCUUCCCAUCAGCUUUGUCGGUGGCUCAUCCCAGACACCCAUCGGUGGGGCUGGCCACCCAGACUGCUCCCCGUCCCUCCCUCUGGCAGCACCGUCCGGCAGCUAGAACAGCAAGGCCAGUAGCAAAUGACCCCGUGCUGUUUCGCAUGGGCCUUUUCAAGCACUGAGGUUUUGUUUGCUCGUUGAGUUUAAGAAAUAAACCUGCAGAGCGUCUGGUGCCUGAUAGGAGCUCAGUCACUCACCUUUUGUCCCCAUGUGGCCCAGAACUCUGUGAGUUUCAGACAGCAGGCCCCUCCCAGGGAACACAUGGUUAGUCGCCAGACAUGGGCAAAACACACUCGGCCUUUACUGACAGCUCCUGUUGCCUCUUCUCCAGCCUGCAAGGUCCAAGGUCUGGGGACUGGGUAGGGGGUGGAGGGGCCACGGGUUAGAGUUCUUACCACCUCCCUACAGCCUCUGGGUUCUGGCAGGUGCACAGGAUGGCCCGGGACAGAUGGUAUGUCCCAGCAGGUCUGGCCGCCCCUCUCUGGGGGGCCAGCAUGUGUGGCUGUAGCUCUGAGUGAGAACCACCAGGCCUGCGAGGGUAACUGUCUGAGCUGGGAUUUGAACCCAGGACAUUGAGCUCCAGAGUUCAUCUUCUCAGCUUCCUCCUCCAGAAUUACAAUGUCUGUCUUAUCUUGUCUUCAAAGGAGAGAGGAAGAAAAUCUUAUGAAAAUUGCUAGGUGCUAGGUGGGAGCACCCAGGGGGUGACUCUGGGGAUGGAUGGGGGUUGGAUGAGUCCUGGACCAGCCUAAGAAUGGAUGAACUAUUGUUGUGGGGUGCUGGUCCUUCACUGCCCACAGUGCAAGGAAGGUGAUGCCAGGUAGAGCCUUUGAGUUGCCCAGUGAAGGUGAGAAAGAUAUGUCGUGGUGGGGAUGGAGGCCCCUGGUGUGCUGAUAAGCAAGUGCAUUCCAGGUAACAUCCCUUCAGACAUCCGACCACCUCCAAAGGUGUCAUCAUGGUCCCUGUUGAACAAAUGAGGAAACAGAAGACACAGGGAGGGGAAUGAAGUCAUUGUCAGGGGCUCUGGCGAGGAAGUGGUCUAGUGGGGACCCUUCUCAUUGCAAAGUCAGUCACUCUAGCUGCAACAAUGUAAGAAGUUCUCUCCAGACCAGCAAGAAAAUAAUCCCGAUGACUCUUC